AUGCGUGCGCCUGCCUGUAUACGUGUAGUACUUCUACUACUACGCACACUAGUUGCUGCCAGUCCAACCCAGACUUCCUCAUCCAUCCGUAAGCAUUGAGCAUUCCAAGAAGGAGCAAGGAAAGAUAGAGAUUAUUAGAGAGUGGCAGCCGGCUGGCCGGCCAUGGAGGGCGGCGCUCACGGGUUCGACGGCUCGGCCUUCAGGGAGUGCUUCUCCCUCUCCUGGCGGAACCCCUACAUCCUCCGCCUCGCCUUCUCCGCCGGCAUCGGCGGCCUCCUCUUCGGCUACGACACGGGUGUCAUUUCAGGGGCACUGCUUUACAUCCGCGACGAUUUCCGCUCGGUCGACAAGAACACAUGGCUUCAGGAAAUGAUCGUGAGCAUGGCGGUGGCCGGCGCCAUCAUUGGCGCGGCGGUCGGCGGCUGGGCCAACGACCGGUUCGGGCGGCGAACGUCCAUCCUCGUGGCCGACUUGCUCUUUUUUGCGGGCGCGGUGGUCAUGGCUUCGGCGACGGGCCCAGUGCAGCUCGUGGUCGGCCGCGUCUUCGUCGGCCUAGGCGUCGGCAUGGCAUCCAUGACGGCGCCGCUUUACAUCUCCGAGGCGUCGCCGGCGAGGAUCAGGGGCGCGCUUGUGAGUACCAACGGCUUCCUCAUCACCGGCGGCCAGUUCUUGUCCUACCUUAUCAACCUCGCAUUCACCAAGGCGCCGGGGACGUGGAGGUGGAUGCUCGGAGUCGCCGGCCUCCCUGCCGUGGUCCAGUUCGUCCUCAUGCUAUUCCUCCCCGAAUCACCAAGAUGGCUUUACAGAAAGGGGAGGGUGGAGGAAGCAGAGGCGAUCCUGCGUAAGAUAUACACGGCCGAGGAGGAGGUGGAGAGGGAGAUGCAGGAGUUGAAGGAGUCGGUGGAAGCGGAGGCGCGGGAGCGGGGCUCGUCGGAGAAGGUAAGCCUGACGGCGCUGGUGAAGACGGCAACUGUGCGGCGGGCGCUGGUUGCCGGCGUCGGGCUGCAGGUGUUCCAGCAGCUCGUGGGUAUCAACACCGUGAUGUACUACAGCCCGAGCAUCGUGCAGCUCGCCGGGUUCGCCUCCAACCAAACGGCGCUCGCGCUCUCGCUGGUCACCUCCGGCCUCAACGCGCUCGGCUCCAUCGUUAGCAUCUACUUCAUCGACCGCACCGGCCGGAGGAAGCUGCUGGUGAUAAGCCUCGUCGGCGUCAUCGCGUCGCUUGCCCUGCUCUCCGCGGUGUUCCACGAGACCACCUCACACUCGCCCGCCGUCGGCAGCGCUGAGACCGGCCACUUCGAUGGCUCGCUCACAUGCCCGGACUACCGGACGACGAGCAGCUCCGGCUGGGAGUGGGACUGCACCCGGUGCCUCAAGGCCAGCUCGACGGAGUGCGGCUUCUGCGCGUCCGGCGCCGGCAGCAAGCUGCUCCCGGGCGCGUGCCUGCUGUCGAACGCGACGGUGCGCGACGCGUGCCACGGCGAGGGGCGUCUCUGGUACACGCGCGGCUGCCCGAGCCGAUACGGUUGGCUGGCCAUGGUCGGGCUAGCUCUGUACAUCUCCUUCUUCUCGCCGGGGAUGGGCACGGUGCCCUGGAUCGUCAACUCGGAGAUCUACCCGCUGCGGCACCGCGGUGUGUGCGGUGGCGUGGCGGCCACCGCGAACUGGGUGUCCAACCUGGUAGUGGCGCAGUCCUUCCUGUCGCUGACGGAGGCCAUCGGUCCCGCGUGGACAUUCCUCAUCUUCGGUGUCCUGUCCGUGGCAGCGCUCGCGUUCGUGCUCGUCUGCGUGCCGGAGACCAAGGGACUCCCCAUCGAGGAGGUGGAGAAGAUGCUGGAGAAGCGGGAGCUCAGGCUCAAGUUCUGGGCACCGCGCGGCCGCGGCAGCAAGAACGACGGUGUGUGAGUGUCAUGUCAUCCCUUCCUUCUUUAUUUAGCGCGCGAACCAGACAAUUUGUGGCGAUCCACGUAACUGGAAUUCCGAUUUGUAGGUUUCUACUACUACCUCUGCAACUAAAUACGGAGUAUAAAGAUGUUUCUGCAGUUUAAAUUGUAAUUGUAUUGUAAAAACGUCUUAUACAUAGAAAACGGAGGUACGACUAUUUUAAA